AGUUUCCCGUAGCUGAAUGAAUGAAUGUCUGUCCGCAUAACGUUUCUAGCAUGUUGGCGGUCUUUCGGUAGAACUCAAUUGAUCGUUCGUUCUUGAGGUAUGAUUUUGAUUCUUACGUCAAUUUGAUGAAGUUCACAUUCAUUCCCAGCCUUGAAUCUUGGUUUUUGCAUUGAUGAAAAUCUUGGAACUGCGCGCAUGGAUGAUGUUCUUCACUCUCGAGAGCCCAUAAUGGAGAAACCGCGGUAAUCAGGUUCCAGCUUGGGGCUCAGAUUGGAGUUCUAUCAGUUUCUGGUUCUGAGAAAUUCUGUUGAUCGGUGAAGAUGUACUUGAGAGAAGGAUGCUCCUUGCUCUUGAAAGUGCCCAAGAAACCCCAUAUCCCAUUCGUUCUUAACACCAACCCAACCCCAUUCCUCCAUCGGGUAGGCAGUGAGCCCACCGAGAAUGAUCGAAACCGACCCCUUCUUCGAGAACCCGAAGUCGUCAAUCGACUCAGGCGUGAGCCCGAUAUCUCGCUCGCUCUGCAGUUCUUUGUGUCGGUCGCCAAUUCGAACUCCUUCAAGCAUACCCGACUAACCUACGAGACCAUGAUCAAGAAGCUCGGGCGGGAACAUGAAACCGAUGGCAUUCAGUACCUCCUCCAGCAGAUGAAACUAGAGGGGGUUUCUUGCAGCGAGGAGCUCUUCAUCGAUGUUAUCGCUUCGUACCGGAGGUCGGGCUUGGUCGAGCAAGCCCUGAAGAUGUUCUAUCGUAUUGGAGAGUUCGGGUGUAAACCCACGGUGAAGAUCUACAACCACCUCUUGGAUGCUCUGCUCUGCGAGAACAGGUUCUCGAUGAUCAACCCCCUUUAUAGUAACAUGAAGAAUGAUGGGAUCGAACCGAAUGUCUUCACUUACAACAUUCUCCUGAAGGCCCUGUGUAAGAAUGAUAGGAUUGAUGGGGCUUUGAAGCUGCUCGAUGAAAUGUCUAAUAAGAGAUGCUGCCCUGAUGCUGUGAGUUACACUACCAUCGUUUCGUCCAUGUGUAGGCUCGGGAAGGUCGACGAAGCGAGGAAUCUAGCGAGAAAGUUCAAGCCCAGAGUUCCUGUCUAUAAUGCUUUAGUCAAUGGGUUCUGUAAGGAGAAGAGAUUCGAAGAAGCCUUUCAGGUUUUGGAUGAGAUGAGGGACAACGGAAAGGACCCGAAUAUUAUCACCUAUACAAGUAUAAUCAGUUCUCUCUGUGACAAGGGAUUCAUUGAGUGGUCUCUAGCUGUUUUUGCUCAAAUGCAUCUGAGAGGAUGUUGUCCCAAUAUACAUACCUUCACUUCCUUAACAAAGGGCUUCUUGUCGAAGGGGAGAUUACACGAAGCCCUAGAGAUUUGGCACUGCAUGAUCGAGGAGGGAAAUAAGCCAACUGUUGUUGCUUAUAAUGUGCUAUUACAUGGGCUAUGCUUGAAUGGACAAAUCAAUGAAGCAGUCUCUAUUUUCAAUCAGAUGGAGGAAAGUGGCUCUGCUCCGAACAUCACAACUUACAGCACUCUGAUUAACGGCUUCGCGAAAGCAGGAAACUUAUUAGGUGCUUCUGAAACGUGGAAUAAGAUGAUAAUGAAGGGUUGUCGUCCAAAUGCUGUCGUUUAUACCUGCAUGAUUGAUGUCCUCUGUCGAAACUGCAUGUUUAACGAAGCUCAUGAUUUAAUUGAUAGAAUGGCUGAGGAGAAUUGCCUUCCAAGUACAGUCACAUAUAACGCUCUGAUCAGCGGCUUAUGUAACGGUGGAAGACCUGACUUGGCUGCAGAAGUUCUUGAUUUAAUGGAGAAACAAGGGAUUUCACCCGACACUACCACGUAUAACGAGCUCUUGGAUGGUUUUCUCAAGGUGGGCGAGUUCAGCUCAGGGACUGAGGUUGUCUUGGAAAUGGAGGGAAGGGGAAUCCCUUUAAACACCGUGACUUAUAAUAUCCUUCUAUAUGGUUAUUGUCGUAUGGGGAUGUUCGAGGAAGCAUUGAAGCUUCUCGGAGGAAUGGUGGUGAGGGGGAAGAAACCCGAUUCUUAUAUGUACAGUGCCUUAGUUCACAUUUAUUCUGGACAGGGUAAAGUUGAGUCCGCAAUCCGAUUAUUAGAAGGCCUAAGAGAAGCUCGAGGGUGGGAACCGGACAUAGUGGCUCAUACGAAUCUCAUAUCAGGAAUAUGCAGUUUUCUUGGUGUAGAAGAAGCUGUGAGUUAUUUACAGAAUAAUAUGUUGCAGAGAGGAACUUUUCCAAAUAUUGUCACGUGGAAUGUGUUAGUCCGGUUUUUCUUCAGCAGUAUCGGUCACCUGGGGCCAGUCCAUGUCCUUGAUGAUAUCAUUGGCAAUGGAUGAGAAAUGGCCGAACUUUUUACACCAGAGAUCGAGUGACAUGUUGAUACAAGAGGAAGAUCGAUAGAGCAGCCUAAAGAUGGAUUCGUUAAUAAGAGAUUGAUCGAGGAUUCUCAGGAGAGACUUCUGCACUCUGCAUGUUCAUAUUAGUCGGCAAGACAGAGCAGAAGAGGAUUCUCCUCUUGAUAUGAAAUGCCAAGGAGACAGGUAAAUCUGAAGUGGGUAUUGUUCAUUCUUCGCGCAAUUUUCAGAUUGUUCACAUGAAAUUCAAACACCGGGUCCGGUCCAUUUGAGACCAUAUCAAAGAGGAUCAGCUAUUGUGGUUGGACCCGCAAUAAUCACAUAGGUUGUGAUUGAUCAAGUAUGGUCUUCAGACCUUUAGAAUUUUUCCAGGCACGGCAUCUCCAGUGGAGACAUCACAGCAGGCGAGAAACAGCGCCUUAAGAUAUAUGCAUCAGCUCCGGAUCAAGUAUGGUCUUCAGACCUUCUGGUCUUAAGAUAUAUGGAAUUACUGCAGGCAAGAAACAUCAUCGCCAAUUUCUGUUUCGAAAGUGCAUUAACUUGUUAAGGGACCAUUUCAACGUAUAUAUAUUAUACUUCGUCCGUUCUUCUCAUUGUUUUCUAAUUCAAAGCAUAUGCUAUGGGAGAGGGUGGUUAAAACCUACUCCUCCAAAAUGGCAAUUUCCAUGAGCAUUCAUCCUGUCCGAAAUUUGAAGGACAAUAACCUUUUACCUUCUUGACAGGAAAAAAAGCCGAAAAACCAAACUAUUAUUCGUGAGCAUGAAACACAACUGAGCUUCCCGAGUACAUUCUACAUUCCUAUUCCUAAGCUUAGUUUGAUAAGUGGGACAUAGCAAUUCGACCUUUGGCGCCCUGUGGAUAGAACCCUCCUGAGGGGACGAGAAGCCCUUCGUCUUUCAAGCCCAUCUUCCCGAGCUUGUUCCUCAGAUCCGAGAUUUUAUUCGUGAACUCUGCUACGGAGAUCCCAUAAGGCUUCACCUCCAUGGAUACCCGUUCAUAGAGCAGACCUCGGAGAACUGCAUCCUGUCCCGAUUCCACACCCAGGAGUCCUGCUACCAGCUGAAAUGCAGCCGUAUUAGGUACGUACGAGUGAGGACAACUAAAAUGUGCAUGUUCAAUAUUUUGACGGUUGAGAUUCAUCGAUUUAUUUAGCUUUUCAUAGUAUGAAACGACUACUAUGAAAAUGCGACAGCACGUGCAGAUUAAUGUGUUUUCAAAACUCUUGCAGAUGUUGUUGCAUCAUUUUCGCUACCCUAUAGCAACAAUAAUUAUGCGCAUGUGUAAAAUAAAUACGUUUGAUUCUUAAUGGAACACAUAGUCAUAGAA